AUGGGGAGCUGCUUAACCGUGGGGCCGAACGAAGCUCUGGUGGUCUCUGGUGAUUGCUGCGGCUCUGACACUAAGACCUAUGCUGUGGGGGGCUGGGCCUGGGCGUGGUGGCUCAUCUCGGACACCCAAAGGAUCACCCUGGAGAUCAUGACUCUGAAGCCUCGCUGUGAGGACGUGGAGACAGCAGAGGGGGUGGCCAUCACUGUCACAGGGGUGGCUCAGGUGAAGGUGAUGACGGAGCAGGACUUACUGGCUGUAGCCUGUGAGCAGUUCCUGGGUAAAUCCGUGAUUGAAAUCAAAGGUGUGGUUCUGCAGACUUUGGAGGGACACCUGCGCUCCAUUUUAGGUACCCUGACUGUAGAGCAGAUCUAUCAGGACAGAGACCAGUUUGCUCAGCUGGUGAGGGAGGUAGCAGCUCCAGACGUGGGCAGGAUGGGCAUCGAGAUCCUCAGCUUCACCAUUAAGGAUGUGUACGAUAAACUGGACUACCUGAGCUCCCUGGGGAAGACGCAGACUGCAGCUGUGCAGAGGGAUGCAGACAUUGGCGUGGCUGAAGCAGAGAGGGAUGCUGGGAUACGGGAAGCAGAAUGUAAGAGGGAGAUGAUGGACGUCAAAUUCCAGGCUGACACCAAGAUGGCCGACUCCAAACGAGAACUGGAGCUGAAUAAAGCAUCCUUCAACCAGGAAGUCAACACCAAGAAAGCAGAGGCCCAGCUGGCGUACGAGCUGCAGGCAGCUAAGGAGCAGCAGAAGAUCCGCCUGGAGGAGAUUGAGAUCCAGGUGGUGCAGAGGAAGAAGCAGAUCACCAUCGGGGAGAGGGAGAUUGAGCGGACAGACAAGGAGCUCAUCGCCACAGUGAAGAGGCCCGCUGAGGCCGAGGCCUACAGAAUGCAGCAGAUUGCUGAAGGGCACAAGACAAAGGCGGUGCUGUUAGCACAGGCUCAAGCAGAGAGGAUCAGAAGGAUCGGUGAGGCAGAGGCGUGCUCCAUCGAGGCAGUGGGCAAGGCGGAGGCGGAGAGGAUGAGACUGAAGGCCGAGGCCUACCAGCUGUACGGAGAGGCAGCUAAGACUGCGCUGGUGCUCGAGGCCCUGCCUAUGAUUGCUGCUAAGGUGGCAGCGCCGUUAGCCAGGACCAAUGAGAUCGUCAUCCUGAGUGGGGAGAGCAGCCGCGUGACGGGCGAGGUCACCCGCCUUCUGGCUGAACUUCCUGUGUCUGUCAAUGCUCUCACUGGAGUGGACCUGUUAAAGAUCCCGUUGCUGCAGAAGAUGACCGGUGCUCUAGCCUGAGAGCCCCCCCUCCACGACUCCAGUAUCUGUUGUAUGCACUCUGAUGGACUGCCUUUAAUACACUUGAAGAAUUGAGUUGUUUUAUACGUAUAUACUAUAUACCAAGUGAAUUUUGGAAACCUCUGGUGCCUUACUUUAUACAAGGCCAGAAUAUCUGAAUGCACUGCUACUCAUUCAGAGAUGUUUUAAUUUAUUUAGUUUGCACAUGUUGUGAUGUGUUUUUUAUUUAUUUGUUCUAUUUCUAAUAGAUAUUGGCCUGUUUGUAUGAGGUGGGGUCAAAGAGGAGAUAUUAGACUGCUGUGAUGGUGCUUAGAUUUCUAUCACCAUGUGACGGCUGGUGUUCACAUCUUGAUCUUUAUUAUACUUCAGGUAUACUCUACCAGAACAGAAGGCCUCUGCUCUCACUUUCUACAUUGUGUAUGUUGCAGGUCUCUAUGUUCAUAUAGACCUUUGUCUUUAUCGUGAGACACUUCUGCAUUCCCUAGAUCAUCUGAAUAUCUUCUUGUAAAUGGUAGAGCUUUCUUUAUUUGUUUUUGAAUGUGUCACUGAUUGAUCUUUACAAUGUAACAGGUGCUCAUGAUCUUAAAGAAGCCCCUUCCAUUGUGCACAUGUUGUAUGUUCCCCUGAAUGGAGUUAAGAUCACCACAAACUGUUCAUAUCAGGCACAAUACAGAAGUUUAGAUCAUCAUUUUAUAUUUAGGAAAACGGAAUCAAAAUCUGAUCUUGUGCUGACAUGGUUAGCUUGUAACGUGUUAUUUUAAUAUUGAGUGUUGGUUUUAAUGUCAAGUGUUACUAGUUUCAGCCAUUAUUAAGAAAACAAACAGUUGGUGUUUAAGAUGAAAAAGAAGAGAAACAUAUUGAGUUAGCAGGUUGUGAAAUAUGUUGAUAUUGUGUGGAGAAAGCUCAAUGUGAAUAGAUUCUGAGAGGCCAGACGGCAAUGACAAAUAGAAUAGAUUAUUUUCAAUGUUGUUGUAUCAGCAGGAUAUUGUAUAGUAUAUCUGAUGUUUCAUUUAAUUCUAAAAGUAUCUUUAGAUGCUAAGCCAUGUUCAACAAACCAAACUUUGACACUUUUCAGAGAAACACGUUCUGUUCUGUGUACGCACAUGUCUACAUUGAUUUGUUUUUUAUAACUGUGACAUCCAAUAUAGAAGGAUCUUUAGAAGAGUAGUUAAACAUAUCAUACAAUGUUUUAUCAAUGUCUAGCAGCAAUGUUUAUUUUUGUAAAUGGUCACAAUACUUAGUUGUUUUGCGGUCUAAUGCAUCAAAUGCUAAGCUUUAGUGAAGAAGGAAAAAAGAAGUGAAGUGGAAAAGCUUUUGAAAUACUGUAUAUGACUGGGACACCUACACAAACCUGAAUGCUCCUGUUAGUUUGAAGCUCAUACCUGAAGCAGGUGAAAAGCACAGUUGUACGUGUGGCUGAAGAAGCAGCCUGUAUGAGCACACUGACAUCACACAGGACUGUUAUUAUAUUUAGUAUGAUUGUUGUUAAUAUUGUUUUUGUGCUCAUAUUCCGUUAAUGUAUUUGUGUAUCAUUUGCUGAUAUAGUGACUUGACAAAUACUGUGACAGUAAUAACUUUGUUUAGCUUCAAAUGUUAUUUACACAUGUGCACUGUGUCUGGAACAGCCAUGAGUUCCUGUAUGCUCUUGCUGCAUGCCAUCCAUCUGUACUCAGAAUAAUACGUUCACUCUUAGCUGCUGUCAUUCUAAUAAAUAUACGUACCAUACUUUCA